GAGUUUCGUUUCGGUUUCUCCGAUCCAGCCGACUGGAGAGGGGAUACGCGCACUUACUCUUUUCGUCAGUCACGUGGAGAAGUUAGGCGAUUACGGUUCGAGUUUCGCGCCUCUCUUUUUCACUUUCCUAUUAUUAUUUUCUUCUAAAUUCUUCGACAACAAAGACUCGUGUUUCACCGAUAUCGUGUCUCGAUAGAGUCAGGGGACGUGACAAGUGUUAAGAAAAAACACGUCGAGAAACGCACCUUUGAAUUAGCGGACUUGGGAAGCGUACUGCGUCAAAUUCAAAGACUUUUCGAUAGAAAAAAAGUCAAAAAAAGAAAUUCGUUCGCAGUGGAGGGUGGCAGAAAACAUCGACAUGUCACACCUUUGCCCGUUAAAUACCAAAAUGUCAAUGUCAGCGGUGACGUAACAAAAAUCGAGGUGAUGCUCGAGGAAGCACCAGAUGAGGCCGUCCUUGCUGGAUCUAUACCCUCGGAAUUGGAUCCUGGGAUCGAAUUAAAUUCAACAUAUCCAGGUGGAGUACCAGAAGCGGGUGCGGUCGUGGUCAGAGCCGAGGAAGCUCUGAUCGUCGUCCUAGUUCUCGUCCUUUGGGUCGCAGCGAUAGCGUUAUUUUUUAAUCGAUGGGGAAAGAUCAGAAUGUUGGAGCCCUAUCAGCCAAAGUUUCAGCAACAACACAGGCAAAGCUGCACUAUGGUCGACAUGAACGCGCUUACGCACCGUACUUACUCGAAAUUUAACAUCCACCGGCAGGAUCACCCGGUGCACCAGAGUAGCUGCGUACCCAGCACCACUACCGCCGAGUGCUGGAGACCGAGACAGAACAGCGUCUUCGUCGGUUCGAGCAGCGCGUCCCUUGUCGCGGUCAAUCAGGAAACACCGAGACGCGCCAAGAGCGCCUUCGAUCUGCAGUCCCUCGUUUUGGCGGAGUGUACCGUAAGGAAAAAUACCAUAGAGGACGAUCGCCCGGAGAACGAAGAACCGGGGGGAACGGUGAGGAGCUCGAAGGAACUAGCGACGGCAUUAACGACGACAGCCGGGUCCCAGUUUACGGAAUCAUCGAAAGUGGGUCAACGUAGGACGAGCGUUUGUAAGUCGUUGGACAAGCCGUUGCAGCAACGCGAGAGGGGUAUGAGCGUGUGUCAGGUCGAUCGCGGGGAUUAUCAGAUUCUUCAAAGCAGAACGUCCCAGAGAGAUCGAGGUAUGAGUAUCUGUUACUUCGAUAGAACGGACGUUUUGGCGAGACCUCUUCAGAGGGAUCACCGGGGCUCCUCGAGUAUUUGCCACUUCGACAGAAUGGACGUGUUUGCGAGACCACCUUAUCCACGUGAUCGCGGUAGCAGCGUUUGUCAAUUCGACAGGAUGGACGUUUUGGCACGGCCGACUUCCUCCUAUCUCGGUAAGUCCCUCCUAAGAGAGAGACGCGUAAGCGUUUGCAACUUUCUCGAGAAGAACGAGGAGCCUGUGCUCCGAGCUCCUGCUAACGUUCCUGCUAACGUCUCCUCGCAAAGCUUCCAAUGGUACGGGCGUUCCAGCGUCGACAGCAACGUCGACAAAAUCGAGACUAUUCUUCGAUCGACUCCUUCCCCCUCUCCCGUCUCGAAGAAGAACGCUCGGGAUAACAAGGACGUUUCCCCUUCGAUUAUCGAACAUCAAGGGGGGAACCAUCUACCGUCCGAUCGUCGGGAUGACGAAGAGAACGGCAUUGCGUAUUAUUUCGAUCGACCGUCCUGCAGCAAAACGCCGGACGUUGUGCUUGGUUAUAAAGCGACUUGCGUUUGAAGGUACGCACCGUACUAGUUCUAGUCAUUCUCCUCCUCGAACUUUCCUCGAAGUUUCCUCGAAGAAUUCUUCGAAGCAGGCAGCACGGAACGAAUUCAAAACUCCAUUACCAAUUCAUUAGGAAUUUCGAAUCGAACGAAAUCUCGCGAUCGAGUAAAACCUGUUAACGAAACGCGCGUCGGAGCCGAGAUCGUUUUUAUUACGCCGUUAUAUUAAUUCGUCUAUCUAUGCGCACUGGCCCGCAAAUAUAUCUAUAUCUCGUACGGCCCGAGAACGAGAAAUGAAAAAUGAUCGCUUUGUAUGCGCGGGGCAAUAAAAAAUACGAUAUCUUAACAUUACUUUCUAUUCUUCGGUCAUAUCUUAUCUCAUGGUACGCGCACAUUUGAACGAAUAUUUUUUGCGAGCCACUGCGUAGACAUUCGUUGUACAUAAGAUGGAGCAUUUAAAUGGGGGUGGGGAUUGGGGGACCCGAGAUAUAGUGAUUAGAAAAAAGAUACGAACUUUGAAGAAAAAGAGUUUAUCUACUUCUACUAUAUAUCAAUUAUAUUAAGUAACUACCAUUUGAAUGUUCCUAUUUAAAUGUCUAAAACCAACCAUGUAGAUACACGUAGAUGUAAUUCUGAUGUUAACAAAGUCCAGCUUGGGAGUUGUCUUCAUUGUCGAUCUAUUUUCAUAUGAACACGAUUGAGUCCGCUCCGAUUCGUUACGCGUGUCGCGAUUUUAACGCGUUCUAUUCAUCGAAACUCAGUUUGUAUUUCCUCAUGAAUGGUGUAAUUUAAUCGAGAGUAAGCCUCGUUAAAUAAACGUUGUGUAUGCAAGGAGCAAUCUAAAAAGAUAGAGAAGAAGUUACACGGUCAAGAGCUUCUCGUUGGACCAAUCAUGAAUCCUUUUCGUACGUGAACGGGAGGAUGUAAUCAAACGAAACGUGAUAAAUUACACUUGCAUUACAUUGCAAUGAAAACAGAUGUCAAAUAUUUUUUAUUAAAAAUCUCUUUUUAAAAGUACAAUAAUAGCUUAGCCAAGAGGAAAGGGAAACGUUGUCAUUGGCACGUAAAGCUUUGUCAAUCGUUCGAGGGAUUCGAUCUCUUUCUUAACAAGACCGGAUAAUCUUCUAUUUCAAAAUAGUACGAAAUUUUCAUGUCUUUCUAAAGGUUUUAGAGAGAGACUCGAUCCAUAUUUUCAUCGAGUGCGUUAUCAAAACCAACGAGAGAAUGUUAUAUCGUUACAACGUCAUAGACAAAAGUGAAAGGUUAGAAGUUAUCGAAAGCAUAUGCAAUAUUUUUAAGCUCCAAUAUUCGAAACGACUUAAUUGCGUUUACUUCGAAGGCCGGAUCUCUGACGUUAUUCGAAAAACGUAAAUAAAAGGGAAUCAAAAAAAAUGUACAUUUCGACAAAGAAAGAAAGGAAAAGAAAAAGAAAAAAGAAGAAGAA